UGACGGGGAGGAGGAGAACUGGAGGGAAAGGGGGCGGGCAGCAAUGCACUGCGCAGCAUGCUGCAGCAGGCUCAUCACGGCGGCGGCUGUCAACAACAGAAGCGGCCGACCUCCUCCUGCUCCUUCUCCGCAGCCGGUCGCCAACCGGCGGUGGCAUCACACUCUCGCCCUUCGCUGUGUCGCUGGAGUGCUAUCUCUGAGCCUCUUCAACAACACCCAUUCUUUGGGCCUCGCCCAUGAAAUUCCUGCCAAUUAUGACCACCCAAAGGAACAAGAGACAGAGCUGGAAUGGAUGGUCGCGGAGAAGUGCGAGGAGCAGACUGCGGCGGAGACUGCCCCCGAACUCGCAACCUCCACUGUGUCAAACGAAGAGAUCGUGGAUGAGGCCUGGAGCAUCGUCAAUGACAGCUUCAUAAAUUCCGGAAACAGCAACUGGGACCCCGAGCGGUGGAGGCAAAAGAGAGAAGAGGUUCUCCGCAACCCCAUCCGUUCAAGGUCUAGAGCUCAUGAUAUAAUCAAGAGAAUGCUUGCAAGCGCAGGGGAUCCUUACACUCGGUUCUUGACACCAUCAGAGUUCUCAAGGAUGGCUAAGUAUGAUUUGACUGGAGUUGGAAUAAAUCUUCGAGAAGUUGAUGGUGAAGAUGGUUCCACCAAGUUGAAGGUAUUAGGGAUUGUAUUAGGGGGGCCUGCCCAUACUGCUGGCGUAAGACAGGGUGAUGAGCUCUUGUCUGUCAACGGUGAAAGUGUUGAAGGUAAAACAGCUUUUGUGGCAUCCUCAUUGCUUCAGGGGCCUAAGGAAACAUAUGUGACUGUUGAGGUUAAGCACCCAGAUUGUGGGCAAACGGAAACAAUAAGAAUUCAGAGGCAAGUUACUGCUCGUACUCCAGUACUUUAUCGUGUGGAACCGAUGGAAGAUGGAAAGACAAUAGUUGGUUAUAUACGCCUAAAGGAGUUCAAUGCAUUGGCAAGAAAAGAUCUUAUUAUAGCACUGAAGAAUCUUCAAGAUUCUGGGGCUUCCUAUUUUCUUCUGGAUCUGAGGGACAACCUUGGUGGACUAGUUCAGGCUGGAAUUGAGGUUGCAAAGUUAUUCUUAGAUGAGGGGAACACAGUAAUUUACACUGUUGGAAGGGAUCCACAGGUUCAACAAAGCAUUACUGCUGACAGCACCCCCCUUGUUACUGUGCCAGUCAUGGUUCUUGUAAACAAUCACACUGCUAGUGCAAGUGAAAUUGUGGCUACUGCUCUUCAUGAUAAUUGCAAAGCUGUCCUUGUUGGUGAAAGGACAUUUGGCAAGGGACUAAUUCAAUCGGUGUUUGAACUCCACGAUGGUUCUGGCGUUGUUGUUACUGUUGGGAAGUAUGUGACGCCAAAUCAUGUAGACAUCAAUGGCAAUGGAGUUCAACCAGAUUUCCUCAAGAAACCAGAUUGGAACGAAGUCGCAAAACGUCUGGCAUCCUGCCGACUGCAUAAUAGCUGAUGUCAAGUCUGCAUUGUUCUUUCAGCUCCUGCACUUAUAAAAGACUUCCCUUUUUUAUGUGUUCUCUGCCUGUCUUUCAACGCGUCAUCCAUUGUAACUACUUCCGCAUGUAGCAUCUGAAAUCAGAAUUUUUCUGUGAUUGAUAAAUGUUCAAGCAAUCUAGCUGACUCACUGGAAGCAAGGAACCACUGGGUUUUCAAAACUCUAGCAGAAGAUAUUCGUCGGCAGCCUUGUUGAAGCUGAUAUCUUUAAUCUAAGCAUGUGGUUCCAUCUGUGGCAGUACCAUACCCAUUGCAGACCACAAAUGUGAGGUAUUCACAUUUUCGUUACCCAGCCUGUUCUGCAGGACUACAACUUCUCAAACGUUCCAUCAACAGCGCACAUCCAUUUAUCCUGGUCAAGACAAAGCCAUUAAAGGCAUGCUUAGCAUACUAUGGAAAAGGAGAAAACUGAAUGAAUCAUUUUCAACUCUACGUGAUAAAAUGUCACUGGUUUGUUACAAUAUCGUACUCGUUUCUGUUUUCUGUUACUGUGGACUGCUAAUUGGCAUCACAAGUUGAUAUAAAGUUCUGUGAACCUA